CUCUCUCUUUGUCCUAGCAGGUCACUGAUUAUAAAUACUUUCGUCGAACUCUCUUUCCCUAGGCAAAAAAAGAAAACGAAAUUACAAACUCUUUUGUGCUCUCUUUUACAAAACCCUAGAUAAGGAAUGGGGAAGCAGUUAAAGAAAGGUCGAGCUCCUCCAGGUGGGAAUCAGUUCUCCAAGAAGGUAGCUAAGCAAAGCGCGGAGACAGUGAUGGAACAAAGAUCUUGUGUGCAUUUUGAUAAAUGCGUUGAUUUGAAUAAGUUGUUGAAAAAGAUGAAAGCUUGUGAACGAAUCAAGUGUAGAGAUUGCAAGGAAGGAGUGGACAUGAAGAGAAGAAGUGAAGGGGAAGUUAGUAGCUUUUCUUGUGAUGCUGCUAAGAGAGCUGUUUGGCUUUGCUUGGAGUGUGGCCGUUAUUGCUGUGGAGGUGUUGGUUUGCCAACUGAACCUCAGAGUCAUGUCAUGCGUCACAUCAAGAUGACGUGUCACCGUCUUGUGAUUCAGUGUGAAAACACUCGGUUGAGAUGGUGUUUCGCUUGCCAGUCACUGCUCCCUUUUGAGAAGGAAGUGAAUGGUGAGAGGAAAGAUUUGUUGCUGGAAGCUGUGAAGCUGAUUAAAGAACGUUCUUCAAAGAUUUGCUCUGGUGAAGCUGAGGCUGAAGAAGAUUCACGUUCAAGUAGUAGUAUCUCUGGUGAGAUCAAAGGUUCUGGUUAUGGUGUAAGAGGUUUAGUUAACCUUGGGAACACAUGUUUCUUUAACUCUGUACUGCAGAACCUUCUUUCUUUGGAUCGGUUACGUGACCGCUUGUUUAAAGAGGAUCAGUCUUGUGGCGGGCCUCUUGUUUCCUCCCUGAAGAAGCUGUUCACAGAAGCAGCAUCAGAAGCAGGAUUCUUCAAUAGUGUGAUAAACCCAUGGGACUUUUUUGGUACCUUAUGUUCUAAGGCUCCUCAGUUUAGGGGAUAUCAGCAGCAUGACAGUCACGAGCUGCUAAGGUGUCUGUUGGAUGGUUUGAGCAUCGAAGAAAUGAGUCUGAGAAAGAAGCAUGAUGGUGAUGAGAGUGAGAAACCUACUCUGGUAGAUUCUGUGUUCGGUGGUGAAGUUUCAAGCACCAUCUCUUGUUUGGAAUGUGGACACUCCUCAAAGGUUUAUGAACCCUUUUUGGAUCUCUCUUUACCUGUUCCCUCCAAGAAACAAACCCUCUCUCAGGAAGAGAGAAGUAAACUUACACCACCAACAAAGGUCUUUAAGAAUGUGGAAGACAGCAAAGAUUCAUCAGAACCUGUGUCAACUAUGACCUUUGACAAUAAUCAGGUCCCUGAAAUUAUUGUAACACAAAAGGAGAUGGAAGAAGUUGGUAGUUUUUGGUGUGAAUCUUUUGGAAUAGAAGUCUCUCACAAUGAGACCGAUCUGGUUUCUCAAGGUGGUGUUAGUGAUAAUGACGACGGAAGUGCAAAACAAAAAGAUAAAGAGGCUAUUACGCAGUGUAGUAAAGACACAGCUUCAAGUGGGAUUGAUGAGGCUCAAGUGUGGGGCUAUCCCUUGGCUAAUGAAGAGCUUCCUUUGCUGGUUGUAGAUUCUCAAGUUAUGAAUAUGCCUUAUAAAGGUGACAUAUACUAUGAUGAUAAAACAGUUGCAGAAGGUAAGGGUGAGAAGCAGGCUUGUCCAAUAGUUAGACAGACUUUUGAAAGUAGCACAGAAACGCUGAUGCCUGAUAAUGACGGAAGUGCAAAACCAGAUAAAGAGGCUAUGCAGUGUAGUAAAGAGACAGCUUCAAGUGAGAUUGAUGAGGCUCAAGUAUGGGGAUAUCCUGAUAUAGGGCAUAGCUUUUCAUCUGCAAAGCCAUGCGCUGAUGAAGAGGUUCCUUUGCUGGUAGCAGACUCUCAAGUUCUGUGUAUGCCUUAUAAAGAUGAUAAAACAGUUGCAGAAGACAAGGGUGAGACUUCCUCGUCGUAUGUGAGCGGCCACCAUGACCAACAAACCGUAGAUUAUGUUGACUUUAGCUGGUUUUUUGAAGAGCCUGACGUCGCCUUUGAUGAUAAAACAGUUAGGGAGUGUGAGGAUGAAGUUUCCUCUUCACUCAUGAGCAGCCACCAUGGGAAAACCGUUGAUUAUGUUGACCUUAACGAGCCUGGCGUCUCCUGUAAUGCUAAAACAAUUAAGGAACGUGAAGGUGAAGUUUCCUCAUCACUCGCGAGCAGCCACCAUGGUCAAACCGUUGAUUAUGUUGACUCUAGCGGUUGUUUUGACAAGGCUGAUGUCUCCUGUAAUGAUAAAACAGUUAGGAAAUGUGAAGGUGAAGCUCCCUCGUCAUUUGUGAGCAGCCACCAUGGAAAAAAGAUAGAGAAUGCUGACUAUUACUGGUUUUCUGUCGAGCCUGAGAUAUCUAAAGGACCAGUUUUUGGACCACCAACUAUAGCUGAGGUUUGUGAAGCUGGUUUCAUGGGUGUCAGCAGCAACUCUGAUGCUGAAGUAGUUCUUGAUGAUUUGGAUUCACCUGUCUCUGUAGAAAGCUGUUUGGCUAUGUUCACCAAGCCUGAGAUUUUGUCAGAAGACAAUGCUUGGCACUGUGAGAACUGUUCUACUAACAAACUCCAACGGUUGAGAGAAAAGAGAGAACUAGUUGGCAGUGGAUGGGUGUAUGAUACUAUAUUCAACCAAUCCUUUACAGAUUUCAAAAACUGGGAUACCAUAUAUGAUGAUGAGGCAGUAGAUUCAGAGGAAGUGGUAGUAAGAAGCGCUGCAAUUAAAAGGGUACUUGUAAACAAGGCACCACCUGUCUUGACCAUUCAUCUCAAAAGGUUCAGCCAAAACGCUCGCGGCAGGCUAAGCAAGUUACGUGGCCAUGUUGCUUUCAAUGAGUUUAUCGAUCUUGGCCUAUAUAUGGAUAUGGAGUCUAGGCAGGACGAAGAAGACCAGCCGGUUUACAUGUUGGCAGGGUUAGUGGAGCAUUCAGGGACAAUGGGGAGAGGUCACUAUGUUGCUUACAUUAGAGGAGACGAUAAGGAGAGGAGAGACUCAUCCGUAUGGUAUCGUGCAAGCGAUUAUUUUGUAAGACAGGUUUCUUUUGAAGAAGUUCUUCGUUCUGAGGCGUAUAUCUUAUUCUACCAACUUAUCUGAGAACUCGC